UGUUCGUUUGUGUUGCUUCUGGUUUUCUUUGGGAAUAGGCUGUGAAUGCGUAGUUGGGUGCGGGGCCGGAGAGGAAAGUGACUCCCUCGUUCUCUUGUAACCGUGGUGGGAGAAGCUCUGUGGGAAAGAGGCGCUUUACCCUUUGCUGAGUUGUUGACUCCCGAAGAGCAGCCUGCCCCUCUCUUAUUCAUUCUUAGCUGUCCCCUGUAGGUCUCUUGUGGCAGAGGGUGAUGUUUCGUAGGUUUUGAAUGCAGUCAGAGUCUAGGAAGGAUGAAGAAGAAGAGACACCUUCUCUGCACUGGGGAUUGGAUCCUGUGUUUUUUGCAUUUGCAAGGCUGUAUAUUAAAGAUAUAAAAGAAAUGAGAGAAUCUAAACAAGUGCCAGGUAUAUUCUUUUAUAACGGACAUCCAGUAAGACAGGUGGAUGUUGUUGGGAUAGUGGUUCAAAGGAAAGAGCGAGAUGCCUUCUAUAGUUAUGGAGUGGAUGAUAGUACUGGAGUUAUAAAUUGUGUCUGCUGGAAAAGUCCCAUGGUAGCAGAAGCAUCUUCAUCAGGUCGUCCAAGCACACCCAGCAGCCUUACUGUGCUUGAACAGAUAAAGAAGCUUCAAGAAAUGGUGAGCCAGAAAACUAAGCUGGAGAUCGGGGAUGUUGUCAGGGUCAGAGGUUGCAUCCGAACCUACAGGCAACAAAGAGAAAUUCGGGCUUCAUGUUUUUAUAAAGUGGAUGAUCCUGUGUGUAAUGUUCAGAUUUCAAGGAUGCUGGAACUCCCCUGUCUCUAUAGAGAAGUUUAUGAUAAACCUUUCCAAGAUCCUGAGGAGGGACAGAGUGGCCUGGAGGAUCAGGCAUUCUUGAUCAAUGUGCUGCAUGAGAAAGUGCAAGGUUUUCUAUUAGAAAACAAAAUUCAGACCUUUUACCAACAGGAGUUGGAAACAAUUGAUACGUUGGUGUCGCUGGUUGGUGCGCAUCUAUCCACUCCCGACUGUCAGGAGGUGAAGUCAAAAAGUAACUGCAGUUCCAAAAGGAUUCACGGUGUUUUUAAGCAAGCAAUAACGAUGCUACAAGAAAAAGGGGUGGUUUUCCAGAAACCUGGUAGUUCCAAGGACUUAUACCAUGUGACUGACUAUGAUAAGGAGCUGCUUGAAGUGACCCUUGAUGUGAUUAAAGAAGACUGUCGAAAACCCAGGCAUGCUGAAAAAGGCUGCCAUUUCCUUCAUAUCUUAAAUUGUGUUCGUCAGAGCUACAACCCCUCUCUGCCUGAAAUGGUGAUGAACCGUGUCUUGGAACUGCUGGAGAGAAACAGUGAUGUUGUCAGCACUAUGGAAGGAUAUUAUAUGACAUUUUAAAGAGAGAAGAUAAGAUACAUUUGUUGUGGUCCAUUCCAGAUAAAGGAGGGGGGAAGGACAGUUUGAGUGACCCUGAAAAGCUGCUAUUACCUGAUAUGGUCUAGAUAGAGGGAGAAAAAAGAGCAUUCUGAUUCUCCAAAUACUAUUUUUGUCUAGCUCCAGAGAAGCUGUUAAAAUACUUUUGUUAAUAUCCUUGCUAACUUCCUCGCUAUUCCUAGUGAAAGUUGUAUCAACCUGAUUCUGGACAUCCUAAUAUAGGAGGGGAGCUAGAAAAGAAACUGCUCUUUCCUUGCAGUAAGAUAUGACAUGGUUGUCCUCACAUUUACAACCCUAAAGAAAAGGCACUGCUCCAGAGUGCUGUUUACAACAGUGGGCAUGACAGGAUUCAUUUUUUCUGGCUUAAAGACUGAUCUCGUGGUCUUUCCAUAUGGUAAUAGCUGUGGAUCUUCCUUUUUAUAUAUACUUUAUAAUACCUAGAGAAAAGACAUAUAAGCAAACAAUCAAAAGAUUUGCCUGGUCUUCCUGGCAGCGUUGGUGUACCCAUGUCUGUAAAUAUGUAUUCCCGAAUAUGCACAACUUUUGCACUACUGAAGCACAGUCCUGGCCUUUCUCUGAAAAGUUAUAUUUAGGAAUGGAGUCCUGCAUCCCUUUCCCACCCUGCAGCCUUGCCCACUGCUUGUCGAGCAUGUCUGGAUUCCCCUGGCUAUCAUGCACACUACUGAUGCAUGUUGCUGUGGAUUCUGUUUAGACCAGAAUUCUCAAAAUCAGCCUCCAUUUUGCUGCUUAUUUUUAAAUUGCUUCCUACAUCACAAAUGGCAAAUCAUAAAUCAGAUGCUUUGGAAAAGAAAACAUGAAAGCCAGCAAGACCCACUGUAAUCUCCAUGCUCCCCAUUAUCUUUUGUGUCUUAUGUUCCUUGUCACUUUCAGGGAAAAAUACUAUUCAUCUCUGUGCUUGCAGGGGAACGGAAGGCAUUGAUGAAAUAACACUAGCCUAAAGAAGGCUGCCAUGCAAGAUGUUUGAUCUCUGUUAUGUGCCACAGUUCAAAGCCCAGAACUGUUCAGUAUUUAUCCUUAGAGAGGGCUUGCUGCUGCAGGGGCUUGUCUGUUUAAUUAAUCUGUUUAAUAGUGUGGAGGUGAGACCUUUAACUUGAAAAGAGAAGAAAGGGUUGAAUGUAUCCUUCCUCUUUCCUCUGCACCUUCCCUGGAACAGUUGAAAUAGCAGACUCCCAGGAGGCAGAUGUAGUGGUAAAGCCCUAUAAGGAUUGACAUAGCAGGGAAAAAUAAACCAUAGGCAUGAGGAAAGCCAGUGAGUAGCCCCAUGUGUGCCAGGUCUCUGGUUUGUUGUUAUAUUAUAUGCCUCAUUCCAAGCUCUGGCUGCAGUGAGAUAUAGGCUAAGAGAAAGGCAUGACAAAAUAUUUGGCAUUUGCAUUCAGAGGCCUGUGGAAAACUCUGUCCUUAAAGAAAUGGUGUGUUUGUUCAUAGUGGAAAAUGAUGUAUGAAUCAUUCUGCUGCUGUAAAUUACCUUCUUGCUGCAGGGCUCACUAAUUUGUUUCCCUGCAGGCUGUCCUACUGCUAGCACUGCUGCUCUGGUUCGAGUUGGGUACCUGUUAGUCAGAUCUUACUAUGGGCCUGAAGAGGUGCUGUAAGGAUGUACUUGUGCAGGAGGAAAUGAAAGAGAAGAUGAUUAAUAAAGAAUUGUGGAAGUCUUCUCUAUUCUUUGCCUGCCUGUCCCAUGUCUCUGGAAAUAAGUGAAAGAAGUCCAGAUUCAGAGAGAAGUGGUACUGAGGGGAAUUGCAGCUUAAAUUUAUGCCUGCAAAAGGUCUGGUUGGCCAGAGGGAAGGUUUGUUUUUCAGAUUCCUGCUCUGAUUACUGAUCAGUUUGAAGUGAUGCUUAAAAACAAAGGCCAUCUAUGAAGCAGUUUGGAGUUUGAUUCCUAAAUUCAUACUCGCUUUGGGAGUUAACUAUAUGCUACUGCUUGAUCAUGGGCAAGUCACCUACUUGGCAUGAGUUCAUGGAUUUUUUUGAACGAAAGUAUGCGGUGUCUUGGGCAUACGGAAGAAUGUGGCAUCUAAUUUAAGAGACUGGCUUGGCCAUUUCCUUGAAAUGUUCUGUAUUAGCAGAAGCUGAUUUUGCUGGGAAAGGGUUAAAAGAACACUGCUGGCUCAGUGGGAAAGGUGAUCUCCUCUCCUGGGCUAGAAGAAAGACUGACCCUGGUUCUCCUGAGGGUGUCAGCCAAGUGUGUGGGCUGGAUGAGUUUGCUAAGUAUUGGAGGAAAGAUAGUCUGCAGAUCAUGUUGCUCUUUAGGGUCUCCUUAAAAUAAAUUCAUACCAAAAUAGGAUUACAUCUUUGUCCUCUGCAGCUUGUAUAGUCAUACACACAGCUUCUAAUGGGUUCUGCUGCAUCCACCUUUAAUGCUGCGCUUCCUGGGUUUUAGAUGUGUUUCUGUGUGUAAAGUCUGCCUAAAACUCCAUGGCACCUAUUUUCUAUGCCUUGGAGAUUCAUGAAAGUGUCUUCCCUCUCUGUCCUGUCCCUGUUGCACUUUAAAAGCAGCUGCAAAGCCUCAGAGAUGAAGUGAGAGGAGCUUGCCUGUGGAAGGAUGGAUAGUCAGUCUUGAAAGAACCUGUCCUCGGGGGUUUUUAAGUUGUCCUUGCUGGCAAUGCUGGACUCAUGUGAUGGAGGGUGCAUUCUGUUGGAGAUUGCUCCCCAGGAACAGCAAAAAGGGCUUUUUCUCACUUGAGUUUGCUCAGGGAAGUAAUAUGAAUGAACACAAGGGAGCCUAUGGUUUUUACAAGACUGAAAGGUUAAGGCAGAAUUAAGAGGAGUCUAGAUUUAAGUUACAGAGAUUCUAAUUCUGAAUAACUGUAUGGAAUAGUUGUGCCUUAAGUUUGCAUGCUUUAUUUUUUUCCAUGGUGGUCACCCAGCAGAGACUAACACUCUGGUUGAGUGCAUUCCCUCUCUUGUACCUACAGGGAAUAGCGUAUGCAUAUGCCUGCACAGAAGUACCCAGGCUAGCUGAGCACAGAGCUCACUGUAGGUUGAUUUACCCAUUUACUCAGUAUCUCUACAGUAUGCUUCUGUGACAGCAGUCUAGACAUACCCGUAUUGGCAUAAGUCACCUUUAUGUAAGUCUAACUACACACACUAGGGCUUUUACUGCUAAUAAACUGUCUCUCUGUUUAAAAGAUCAUAUCCUUAACCAAGAGAGUCAUAUCAUGCACACUGUGAAAACUCUGACCACACCUACAAAAUAUUGUGUGCAAUAUACAGUGAAAGCACACUUUCUUGUUUUGUUUACUUUGAAAACUUGUUAGGCAAUGCAAUUAUUAGUGCUUUACUGAAGGGCUUUGAAGGCGGCACUUUAGUUUAAAAUUGACAAGUGAGAAUUCAUGUUGUAGGACUGCUUCAUGGCCAGCUUCAGUUUCCAUAGAAACAGUUAUGGCAGUAAAAGGCAGGUAAGUAAAAUGGAGUUUUUAAAAGCAGUCAUCAUUUUUGUUACUUUAAAAAGGUAUGUUUCCAUAGAAAUACAACACCUGAGAACAAAAACUACCAAAGAACCUCAAUAUUUUAUUCUAGCAAAAGGUAAGGUGAGUGCUUUUCUGGUGAGGAAAUGAACUCUACUUUCAGUCCCCACCAUCUGCUUAGGUGAGAGAAGAAAUGAGGUGGUUCAUGCCUCAGUUUUGCUCUUUUGUAAAUAGGGGGCAAUCCAGCUCCCUGUGUAGGUAUAAGCCUCAACUUUUCUUAACAUUAGUCAUUAAAAGCUCUUGAGAUCUGUUGAUGUGACCUGUUAAGGAAUAUCUCUGUGUCUGUGUGGGAGAGGGUGAAUGGAUAUAUGCUGGAGUGGGGCUUCGUUCUAAUCCAAGCCUCACUUUUGCUAAUAGCUUUAUCUUUCUCCACCUCGUUUUCCAUGCAUAUUACUUGGCCUGGCUUGUCUUUCUGCUCUGCAGGUCCAAUGAAGCAAUGAUGGCCUCCCUAGUUUUAUUUGUAUCCAGUAUUUUUCCUGGAAUCCUAUUCCCCCUUAUGACUUCUUAAAAAUAUAAAUCCAGGUAAAUAAGUUUCGGGUUGUCUCAUUCUCAAAUCUUUGGAUUGUAAAUCUGUACCUCUGGGGGUGUGUAUUUUACACAAGCUAACUGAGAAAUGAAGCUUUUCUUUCAAAGUAAUAAAGACGAAUGUAAAGAUCAGCUGCGUGACUGAAAGCUGUUAUUUUGUGGAUCUGUGCAUGCUUGUGUAUUCCAGUGAUGAACACCAUAAAUAGGAGUUUGUAGUUCUUCAUUCAGAAUGAAAAUUCAUCAACAAGCAUUUAGUGAGGCGUGGAGCCACAUGAAGAAUUAUGAGGCAGAGUACUGAAAAUCUGCUUGUCAGAGAAAUGGCAGUUUCAUUUACUUUGGGAGUAAGCCGAUCCUGUGGGGAAAAGAUGUGCCUAGCAAAGAUUUGUAUCUUUAUACUUACUUCUGAAUGGGAAAGGAGCAAGUUCAGACCCCAUGGGCAACCUGAAGUUUGAAACUUCCUGUCAGUGCAGCGCUAUGUUCUUUAUUGCCAUCUUUCACCGCAGUCUCCAGCCCUCCUGCCCCAACCCUACAGCCCAGGGAGCAAACAACAGUUCGGCUGCAAAGAUAAAAGAAUAGUUGUAAUAAUUGGUUACCGUCCUCCAGGAGCCCCGGC